AGCAUUUCAAGUGUUUAAAUCGAUAGAAAACCGUUCAGGCAACUUUAUAGUUUUUAUAGGCUUUGUAAAAUUAAUCAUUUAUCAUUUAAUGUAACAUUGUAAUGUGCCAUUUAACAUUUCGCUCGUGAAUUAAGUUUAUUAUUCGGUCACUGGCAAGUAGUGAUGAGAGAAACGGAGGUUUUUAAAACUCCGAGUCAAAUGAACCAAACGAUUCACUGUUUUGAAUCGCUCGAAUCAGCGCACGAUGACGACACCUGCUGCUCAAAACAGUGAAAAUGUUGAACAACGAACACAAACGUGUAAUGACAACUUUUACAAACCAACUUUUACAAACCAACUUUAAAUGGUUUGAUGUGGAGUCUUUUAAAUUGUGCUGACUACUGAACUAGGGAGCUGAUUGAGACACACCCAGAUUAUGAUUAUAAAGAUGGCGUUUAUUAAAGAGGAGAGUGAAGACAUGAAGAUUGAAGAAACAUUCAGAGUCAAACAUGAAGAUACUGAGGAACAAACAGAUCUAGAUGGGUGGAGGUCCUAAAGAACGAGCAUUGGGUCCUAAAGAAGGCAAAUAAAUAACAAUAUUGACUUAAUUGCACUAAAAGAGGAGAGUCAGGAACUGAAUGAAAUGAAAGAGAAAGAUCAGAAUAAGGAACAUCAUGAUUUCAAACCUGAAGAAACAUCAAUUAGUUGCUCACAGAAUGAAAAGACUUCCUCACCAAAAAAAGCUCAAAAAACACAAACUACAAACCAUAAUUCCCACAUGAGAAUUCAUACUGGAGAGAGACCUUACACUUGCUCUCAGUGUGGAAAGAGUUUCACAUAUAAGGGAAAUCUUCAGACUCAUAUGAGAAUUCACACUGGAGAGAAGCCAUUUGGAUGUGAUCAGUGUGGAAAGAGUUUUACACAGAAAAAAAUCCUUAAUGUCCACAUUAAAAGUCACACUGGAGAGAAACCUUUCACCUGUGAACAGUGUGGGAAGAGUUUCUCAUUAAAUGGAAUUCUUCAGACUCACAUGAGAAUUCACACUGGAGAUAAUCCAUUCACAUGUGAUCAAUGUGGGAAGAGUUUUAAACAGACAAAUCAUCUUUAUGCACACAUGAGAAUUCACACUGGCGAGAAACCUUUCACAUGUGAUCAUUGUGGAAAGAGUUUCAGACAUAAAUUAACUCUUAAUAAUCACAUGAGGAUUCAUUCAAGAGAGAAGAAUAUCAGAUGUCAUCAGUGCGAAAGGAGUUUCACAGACACGAAUCACCUUAAGAAACAUGUUAAAAUUCACAUUGGAGAAGAGCCUUUCAUGUGCCAUCACUGUGGAAAGAGUUUCUCAAAUAAAGGAAACCUCAAGGCUCACAUUGGAGUUCACACUGGAGAGAAACCUUUUACCUGCAAACAGUGUGGAAAGACUUUCAGGCUUAAAGGAAACCUAAAGAUUCACAUGAGGAUUCACUCUGGAGAGAAACCAUUCACGUCUUCAUUCAUGUCUUCAGUGUGAAAUGAGUUUCUCGUAUAACAAAGACCUGAAACAUCAUUUGAAAACUCAUUCUGGAAAGAAAUUGAAAUUUUCCUCAAUGUGACAAGAGGUUUAGAAAAAGGGCCAAUUAAUAUCGGAACACAAUUCAAUUGUGGUCAGUGUAAUAAAAUAUUUUUUUGGCUGCUUCACAUAGAUGCAUGUGAAUGUUAUGUAAAUGGUGAGAUCCUGUUUGUGUUCCUUGUGUGUGACAAGAAAAAAUGCUGCGUGAAAUCAAGUCCAUACACUAUAGCUUUUUUUGCAUUCAUCUCUUUAUGCUUCACUAUAUAUUUUUUUGUAUUUUCUUUUGUGCAUAUGUACUCCUGUGUCCAUACCUGACCAUCUUCUUUGAAGUAGUUUAAAAAAUUCAGUGAUUUUGGUAGAUUCCCCUUUCAUUUUGACUAUGCAAAGUAUGUCACUUAAUUCCAUGUGUUGAUUCCUCUGAAGUAUUUAUCAAACUUGUACCUUGCUGUGAAAUGCAACAAUGUAACUGGA